AUAAAAGGCCGGCCGGUCGGUCGGCUUCCAGCAGUCAGGCGCGUCUCUUCCAACCAGUCACAACUCGCCACUGCACCAAUAAGCCGGCCGGUCCGUGCGAUCCAAGAGUAUCAGACUGUAUACGUAGCCAUGCUCGGGAGGAGAAACAAUGGGUCGCCGACGACGUCGAAGGCCCGAGCAGACGGCGCGGGCCUCGCCGGCGCCAGCACCGUCAUCGCCGACGGCGGGCAGGCGGAGGUGGCCGCGUCGCAGUUCGUCGUGCAGCUAGAUGAGGCGGCCCGGGAGAGGCUGGAGCGCAUGAACCGGAGGCUGAGGCUGCUGGAGCAGCAGAUGGAGAUGCUGGAGGCGGAGGUCGGGAGGGCCAGCAGCACCGCCGACGACUAGGAGUAUACCGGCGCUGCCCCUCGUCGGAGAGACCAUAGCUAGAAGUAGAAGCCUUCCUUUCCUUCUUUUCCCUUCUCAGCUUCUCGCUCAUGGAAGAACACGCACGCACGGUGAUAGUAUCAUGCGCGCUUGUUAGGCCUUCCUUUUCUUGUGGUGAUGAAAGAACAUGGCUGUGACUAUGGCUAUAGUGAAUCACGGUUGUAUUCCUGAAGCCUUUUGCCACAUUUUGGGAGUGAGACGGACCUUCGAUCCCUGCUUGGUUUGACUCUCAGGCUCGUUACGGAAAAGUAUGACGAUGGGCUCAUCCUGUCGCUUUCGUCUCCGGUGGAAAAUGGCUGCCGUUCCAAGCAUGCAUGAUGGAUCUCUGAAUUGUCGCUUGCUGUACGAUCUUCCUACAGCAAAGUUGGUGUUGAUGGAGACA